UGUUUAAAAACUUCAUGCGCAGCUAAUCAUAUACUACACUAUACAUCAGCUGCUUGAUGAAUCAUUUGUUAGUUGUUAUUGUUAAUUUAUUAAUAUCCUUCCGUUUUACAUGUGUAAUGUGUUCAAGAGCUUAUGGGUCAUUUCUAUGCAUAAAUUAGGUGGCCUUGAACGUAAAUGUAGUAAAAUUACAUCAUGGCAACAAAACAGUAAUGAAACAUCAACAAAUCAUUAACAGGAAAUAAUUCUUCAUUAAUUAGCUAUCAAUAAACCGAAUCGAAAUGAGUGAAUCUAACCAACAACCGGCAGAAGAAAAUGCAAACGUAAAAAUAGAAGCAAUUGUCCCAGAUGAUACAAAAAAAACCAUUCGCAAGAAAGUAUGGGAAUAUAUGGAGAACAACAAUAUAGCAAUAUUUCCAAGGCCAGUUUAUUUCAGAAUACCAAAUUUUAAAGGACGUGAAGAAGCAGCAAAGAAAUUAUUGGAAUUAGAAAUUUUUCAAAACAGUAAAUUUAUUGAAGUUAAUCCUGAUAAGCCACAAGAACCAGCUAGAAUCUUAGUACUAGAACAAGGAAAAGCUCUCUAUGUGCCUGUGCCUAGACUUAAAGAAGGUCUUCUUAAGCAUAUUACUGUGCCAGAAAAUGCUUCCAAACCUCAAAUACGAAGUGCAGUCAGUCGUAGGGGAUUAGAUGAAAAAGGAAAAUUAAUAAAUAUUGAUGACAAAAUAAACCUAGAUUUACUGGUUGUGGGAAGUGUGGCAGUAUCAAAAUUAGGCCAGAGAAUUGGGAAGGGCAGAGGCUAUGCAGACUUAGAAUAUGCAAUAUUGAAAGAAAUGAAAGCUGUUGAUGACUCAACAGUUAUUGUGACUUUAGUUCAUGACUGUCAGGUGUUUGAAGAAAUCCCAAGUAAUCUGUUUCAACCGUUUGAUGUCCCUGUUGAUUAUAUAAUUACUCCAACUCAAAUAAUUGAAGUUAAGACCAGCCUUUCACGUCCUCCAGGCAUCAUUUGGAACCUCUUGUCUAAAAGAAGACUGAAUGUAAUGCCUGUGUUAAAAUUAUUAAAAGAAAAAGUUGAAAAGGAAGGGGUGGAUACAACAUUGAAGGAGGUCGAUACAGAUGUUGAAGAAUUUAAAGAUUUACCAAAUAGUUACUUCAGAAGGCGAAGAUCGAGAUUAAGGCCUAAAAGACGAUCUGUUUCUCAAGCAGAUGGGGAGAAUAAGGAGAACGAAAGGAAAAGUCGUCCACAAAAGCAUCGGUUUUUUAAAAGGACCAAAGUGUUUCGAAGCAAUGAUAGACAGGAGAGACAGAUUAACGGCGAAGUGAAACAUGAAAACGAACAGCAGUCGCACAGUAAUAACAAUAAUAAAAACUUUAGAGUUAAACAUUUUCGAAAUAAACCUAAACCACCUAUCGAUUUCUCUCUGAUGGUAACUAAUAUAGAAAAGACUGUUCGCAUACGGGAACUAAAAAAUGCUCUCAUGGAGUCUGGGAUCAAGCCUAAUGACAUUACAUGGCGCGGUGGCAAAGGAUUUUGCUAUCUUCAUUAUGCAAAAAUGAAUGGAAAGAAAAAUGACUCAAUUGAACCUCGUCAAAUUGAUAAUGUCAUUGAAACAUUAAAAAAUCUAAAAAUAAAGCCUGACUGUGACUCUCAGUUGGAAGUUACAAUUAUGGAUCGUAUAUCUAGAAUUGAAACAACUGAUGUCACUGCAGUUUGAAUUGAUGUCUCUUAACUCAAAUCAACUUCUGUAAAUACUUGAAUCGUAGUUAAUAACAAUAGUUACUCGUUUAUUUUUGUACUUUCUAUUGAUAUAUGUAUUUUCUCAUAUAAUAUU